UUUUGGCAAUGUUUGCCCUUCCGAGGCGAAGUUACCGCUGUGGCGGGGCCCUCCCGGAGGGCGCGGGCCCGGCGGCCGCCAUGCCGCGGCAGGCAGCGGGGAGCGGCCGGGCGGGAGGCCGCGGAGCCGCCCCGGGAGGCGGGCCCGGGACGGACGGCUCCGCGGCGGCUGCCCGGGGCCAUGGGGAACGCCGUCGCUUGGCGCUCCCUCGGCAGGCGGACCCCCCCCGCCACUCCCGCGCUGCUGCCGAGGUUGCAAAGCUUAAAUCGCGUCUUCCGAAGGAAAUACGAGGGAUUGUGUCACGGUAAACAGCCAGCGCACAUGCUGCUGCCCUGCCGUUUAGUGAGCAAUAAAGCAAAAUACAGGUGGUGUGCAAAAUCUUACCCUGUUUUAGACGGACGUGUCCUAUCCGUGUAUCGACAUGUGUUCGAAGCAAAUUUAAGGAACAGUGAGACUCUUAUUAAAAGAUAUUCAGAAUUGCUGGAGACUGUCAGUAAAGGAGGGGGAGGAAAUGCCAUCUUGCAUCAUACUCAGAGAAACAAGAAGCUGUUUGUUCAUGACCGCCUGAAGUUGCUGCUUGACGAUGAGUCUUUUCUGGAGCUGUCUCCGCUGGCAGGCCUCGCUAUGCCGUAUGGUGAUGUCCCUGCUGCUGGGUGCCUUACAGGAAUUGGCAAAAUCUGUGGAAUCUGGUGUGUCUUCAUGGCGAACGAUGCAACUGUAAAAGGAGGAGCUAUUUUUCCAAUCGGGGUGAAGAAACAGUUGAGAGCUCAAGAAAUAGCCAUGCAGAACAGACUGUUAUGUGUGUACCUGGUUGACAGCGGGGGAGCGUUCCUACCACUGCAGGCAGAGCUGUUCCCUGACAAGUCGCACGGUGGCAGAGUUUUCUACAAUGAAGCGAUAAUGUCUGCCAUGAGAAUCCCUCAGGUGGCAGUGGUCUGUGGCUCCUGUGUAGCUGGAGGUGCCUAUAUGCCAACCAUGGCAGAAGAAGCUGUGAUGAUAGAUAAAAUUGGUACACUGUUCCUUGCUGGCCCUCCUCUGGUAAAAGCUGCUACAGGAGAGUAUGUCUCUCCUGAGGACCUAGGAGGAGCUAAACUUCACACUAAAGUCAGUGGCUGUAGUGACCAUUUUGCAUCUUCAGAAAAGGAAGCUUAUGAAUGUAUUCGAAAUGUUAUCUCAACAUUAAAUUAUGAUCCACCACCAGAGGAGGUCAUAGAGUAUGACAGUCCUCUGUACAGUUCUGAUGAGCUCUUGGGCCUGGCACCGCAAGAUUACAGGUGUACUCUUCCUGUAAAAUUGAUUCUGAGCCGUCUGAUGGAUGGAAGCAGGUUCCAGGAAUUCAAGGCUAAUUAUGGAACAACAGUAGUAACGGGCUUUGGCCACGUGCAAGGGCACUUGGUGGGGAUAGUGGCUAGCAACGGGGAGCUGUCUCACGACGCUUCUCUCAAGGGCAGCCACUUCGUGCAGCUUUGCAGUCAGCGGAGCAUCCCCAUCCUCUUUUUCCAAAAUACUGCUCCACACACAGCACAGCCCACAAGCAUCUCACAGGCAGAGGCCCACUCCAACAAAUUAAAAGCCCAGGCCUCCAUGAUGGCUGCUGUUGCCUGUGCUGCUGUUCCCAAAAUAACCAUUGUAAUUGGUGGCUGCUAUGGGAGCGACAGUUACGUUAUGUGCGGGAGAUCGUUCAGUCCAAACUUUCUGUUCUUGUGGCCUAAUGCGAGAGUUGCCCUUGUGGAUUCAAGACAUUUCUCCACAGUCCCCCAGGCUGGGGACAAUGACUGUACAGGAGAUGAAUCAGAGCUAAAACAUCUGAAAGAAAAGCUAGAGGAAGAAAGCAGUGCAUUUUACUCCUCUGCCAGACUCUGGGAUGAUGGUGUAAUUCUACCUCAAAAUACUAGAAAGGUAAUUGCACAGUGCUUAGAGAUUCUAGACCAGCAGAAGUACCAGGUCGUGUCUCCGUGUCGGUUUCCUGUCAUCAGGAUGUAACAGCAGCCAUUUCCAAAGAAUCAGCCUCUUAAAGUUAGCGCCGUGUACUAGAAAUCUUGAAUGUAAGUGAUUUUCUAAUUCUUUGAGAGCAUUAAUAAAAACGUUAAACCAUUGCAGACAAA